CUGUGCUCUGAGGCUCAACAGGAUGGCAGGAGCUCCCGAGGGCCCCAGUGCUCCCAGCCGUCCCACUGCUCGCCCUGCAGGCUCCCGGCACCAUGAGCACAGCUGAGGAUGCAGCGUGGCUGAGCUGGGUGACGGAGCGGUUCCAGAGCAUCGCAGGGCAGGGUGAGGAAAUCGGCCUGGAGGAGUUCAAGGCGGCCCUUCAGGUGAAGGAGUCCUUCUUUGCUGAGCGUUUCUUCGCGCUGUUUGACGUGGAUGGCAGUGGUACCAUCAGCCUGGAGGAGCUGCACAGCGCCCUGAGACUGCUGCUGCACGGCACUGCUGCCGACAAGCUGCGCUUCCUCUUCCAAGUCUACGACGUCGAUGGCAGCGGCUCCAUCGACGCAGCCGAGCUGCUCCUGGUGCUGCAGGCCUGCCUGCGUGAGAGCGAGAUCUCACUGCCACCACAGCGCCUGCACGACAUGGCCGGGGUGCUGCUCGAGGCGGCCGACAAGGAUGGCAACGGCUCCAUCACCUUCCAGGAGCUGCAGCAGCAGCUGGAGGCCUUCCCGGGGCUGAUGGAGAGCCUGACCAUCAGUGCUGCCAGCUGGCUGAAGCCCCCAGCACCGACACGGCGAAGCCGGCGGCCGCACUGCCUGACUUCGUGGUACUGGCACAACCGCCGUGCCCAGCUCGCCUUCCUCGGGGGCUACGUCAGCCUCAACCUGCUGCUCUUCAUCCUGGCUGCCCUGCAGCACGUCAGCCGCAGCGGGUGGGUGGCGGUGGCCAGGGGCUGCGGGCAGUGCCUCAACUUCAACUGCGCCUUCAUCGCCGUGCCGAUGCUGCGGCGGUGCCUGACCCGGCUGCGUGCCACCGCCGCGGGCAGAGCGCUGCCCCUGGAGCGCUGCGUGAGCCUCCAUCAGCUGCUGGGGAGCGCCGUGCUGGCGCUGGCCGUGCUGCACACCGGAGCGCACGUGGCCAACUUCGGCAGGCUGGCACAGGCUGGGCACGGUGCCCUCUCUGAGUUCCUGCUGAUGGCACAUCCCGGUGGUGGGGGGCUCGGUGGCACAGCCCCACAGACCGGGCUGGCCCUGCAGGUGCUGCUGUUUGCUAUGCUCACCUUCUCCAGCCCCUGCAUCCGCCGUGGUGGGCACUUCGAGCUUUUCUACUGGAGCCACCUCUCCUACAUCAUCGUCUGGGCUCUGCUCUUCUUCCAUGCUUCCAACUUCUGGAAGUGGUUUUUGGUUCCCGGGGGCCUCUUUGUGCUGGAGAAGGCAGUGGGCACAGCUGUGUCUCGUGCCAUGGGGCUGCGCAUCGUGGAGGUCCACCUGCUGCCUUCUCAGGUCACCCACCUGGUGAUCCAGCGGCCACACUCCUUCCGCUACGAGCCUGGGGACUACGUCUACCUGAACAUCCCAGCCAUUGCUGCCUAUGAAUGGCACCCAUUCAGCAUCAGCAGUGCUCCUGAGCAGCAAGACACCAUCUGGCUGCACAUCCGCUCUCUGGGGCAGUGGACCACACGGCUCUAUGAGUUUUUCAGGCAGCCUGAGCUCCUGCAGCUCCACGGGACCCUGGAAAGGAAGAAGUGGUGGCAGUGGGUGCAGCCCACUCCCUGCACUACCCCAGGCACACUGGGAUGCUCUGUGCCCAGCACUGGGGAUGCAGCCAUUGAACUGACGUCGUACCGACGCAGUGGGACACCCACCACCACCCGAGGGACCGAGGAUGGGCUCAGGGACCAGGACACAUCCCUGCAGGUGGUUUCCAUGGAGCUGGGUGAGAACCAGCAGCUCUGCAGCAUCAAGUGCUACAUUGAUGGCCCCUACGGGACCCCGACACGCCGGAUCUUCACCUCAGAGCAUGCUGUGCUCAUCGCUGCUGGCAUUGGCAUCACUCCCUUUGCAUCCAUCCUGCAGAGCAUCAUGUACAGGUACCGCCAGAGGAAGCAGAGCUGCCCCGAACGUGAGACCCUGUGGGAUGAGGACAUGGCACUCAGGAAGGUUGAUUUCAUCUGGAUCAACCGGGACCAGCAGCACUUUGAGUGGUUCCUUGACCUGCUGGCUGCGCUGGAGCUGCAGCAGGAGGAGCAGGAGCCGGGAGGGCGCUUCCUGGAGCUGCACCUGUACAUGACAUCAGCGCUGGGCAGGAGUGAUGUGAAGGCGGUGGGGCUGCAGCUGGCCCUGGACCUGCUGGCCGCCAAGGAGCAGAAGGACUCCAUCACGGGGCUGCGCACCCGCACGCAGCCCGGCCGCCCCGACUGGAGCCAGGUGUUGGGCAGGGUGGCAGAGGAGAGGAAGGGCAAGGUGCACGUGUUCUUCUGCGGCUCGCCGGCCUUGGCCAAAGUGGUCAGAGUGCACUGCGAGCGUUUCGGCUUCCGCUUCUUCAAGGAGAACUUCUAAAGACCGUCGCCAUCCUCGCUGCAGGGUGACCCUUCCCAACCUGCUGGGAAGGGGCUGAACUCGGGGCUGAUGGCACUGCUGUGAUGUGUGGCAUCUCCUGUGCCUUGGUCCUGCAGUGCAGCUCACGGGGGGGAGACAGGGAGCUGGGGGGGGUGACACAGGUGAGGUGAGGGAAUGGGGUCCUGCAGCCAUCUGCGUGUGUCUGUAGGGGUUGUGUGGGGUAUGGAGCGUUUGGAGACAGAAGGGACAGAGGAGGUGGGUGUCCCGGAGCAUCCUUAUAGGGUUUUUGGGGGCAAGGAGUGGUUUUCUAGAGCAUUUGGGGAUAGAUGGAUGUGCUGCGGGUGGAGGAGAGGUGCCACAUGAGGGCACUGCAGCCCCGAUAAAGUGAAUGGACAUCUCCCGGUCUGGGCUGCGAGCAGCGGAGGAACCGGAGGGGCUCCUGCCGCCCCCAGGAACCCCGGCCCUGCAGCUGUGUGCCCUUUGGGUGGAAAAAAAAGAGAUUUCAGGGGUAUCCGGGGGGCCCAGAGCAGCAAAUCUGACCAUCCCAAGCCAUGGCUAAGGAAAUCACUACUGAUGUUGGCAGCCUGGAUGCUUCCCAGUGCUGCAUCCCACCCAGUGAGGGGCUGAUGGUAAUUGGGAUAGCAUCGUACCCAUCCUGCUGUGGUCCUUUUAGGGCUGUCUCCCAUGCUGAGCCCAAAAUACGCCCAAAUUGCCAUCGAUGCACCACUGGAUGCAUUGCAAGCGGAAGCUUCCUGCAUAUGCAUGUGUGCUUCUUUUGCAAUUGUGUCUAGGGGCUUGUUGGGAUGGAUUUGAGGGGCAGGGGAUGGAGCUGACUGCAUCCUUUGGGGGGUGUGUGGCCCUGCUGGCUGGGGGGAAUGGGGUCCCAACACCUCCCGGCCAGCAGGGCCACGCACACCCCAAAACUGAUGCUUGCAAGUGAUGCUGAGCCCAUAGUUUGGGAUGUUCCCCAAAUCCAGAGCCCAGGAUCUGCACCAGAAGAGCAACAGGAGGCUCCAGAUAGGGCUGGAGGUUGGGUAAUCACAUCUCUCUCUGAUUAAUGCCUUCCCUUGGCUGCCUUUAUUACAAUGAUUACGCUCCGGCUGUAGCGUAGCAACCACUAAUUGUUGGUUGGAUGCAAAAAAAAACAAAACAAAACCAAAAAAACCCAACAACCAUCAUUGCAAAGAUUCAGUUCUUUUAUUGAAAUGUCACUACCUUCAUCUCACAGCAGCGGAGGCUCCUGAGACACUGAGGCGCCGGCUCCAUUGCAGGCAAUGGGGGAUGUCCAUUGGGCUCUGCCUUGGAGCAGGGAAGCAGGUUUCUCAGCAGCCACAGCAUUCCAUCACCAAGCAGCCCUGGUACAUAGAUAUUAUUCACUUAAGUAAUCAAUCACUGCCAACAAAUUACAGGAUACGGGGAAUGAAAUUAGCAGAAUGAGCUAUGGAUGUAAAAUUCAUUUGAAAUUCAAUUUAGGAGCAACAUUAGCUUUCAAUUAGUCUGCCCAACUGUUUGAGCAUCGUUUUGU